AUCAUGUGGUUUAAACUUGCAGAAAGAGGAACAACUGAGAGAUUCUCUCAAGUUUGCCAAUGCUUGUGGUGCAUUGACUGUGACUGAGAGAGGUGCAAUACCUGCAUUGCCCACAAAAGAAACUGUUCUGAAUGCCCUGCUUGAACCUGUAUUGUAAUUUCACAUCCCCAUAUUUAUUUUUCUUUGGUGAAUUUUAGGAACUUAUUUAGUUAAUGCAGUAAAUAAGGCCCAAGUGUUUUAAUAAUUUGGCAUAUGCUUUUAACCGAGGUAAAAUCGGCUACUGAAAGAGAAAAUUGAGGCUUUUGUAACUUUUAUUGUUAAAGUACUUGGGUAGUAAUGUUAAGCAGAUAAUUGAAUUAUUAGAGAUGUAAUGUAAUGUAUGAUUUGUGCUUUUCAGGUUUAUAUUGAUACGGUCGGAGAUCCAGGGAAAUAUGAGGCAAAAAUGUCUAAAAAUUUCCCAUCUAUCAAAUUUGUGGUUGCUAAGAAAGCUGAUAGUCUUUAUCCUGUUGUCAGUGGUGCAAGUAUAGCUGCAAAGGUUACGAGGGACCGAGCUGUAAGAGAUUGGGUGCUCGAUGAGACUGCUGAUAAUAUACACAGGAACUUUGGUUCUGGAUAUCCUGCAGAUCCCGCAACCAAGUCUUGGCUAGAAAAUCACAAACAUUCUAUCUUCGGUUUUCCAACAUUGGUUCGGUUUAGUUGGGGAACUUGCAGCACUUAUUUUAAAAGUGGUGCUGAAGUUUUAUGGUCUUAAACCCUAACUAUUAAAGACUUUGUUUGUUCAAAAUUUCUCAAACCUCAAAGAAUUUUUGAACCUUUCAUUACUAGUAAGUUAUUUUUUUCCAUUCGGUAAUGUUAUUCCUAACAAAAAAUGGUUAUUUCUACUCUAGUUUCUUAUUUAAUAAAUUUUUCUUCUUCUAUUUUAAAUUUUGCUCUACCUUGCUAAUUGGUACUACUUUCCCUAUUCUUUCCAUGAUAUUUUCGUUUUGAA